AUGCUCCAUUCAAGGGCUUUCCUUCUCUCCUGGCUCGUGGGCUUCACCGCGGCCAAGGAUAUCCAUCUCGAUUGGAACAUCACCUGGGUGUGGGCAGCGCCCGAUGGCUUUGGCCGUCCCAUGAUCGGGAUUAACGACGAGUGGCCAUGUCCGAUUGUCAAUGCUGACCUGGGCGAUCGACUCAUUGUCGAUGUGCACAAUGGUCUGGGGAAUCAGUCCACAGGAAUCCAUUGGCAUGGCUUCCAUCAAUACAUGACCGGAACGAUGGAUGGCUCGAACCAGGUGACGCAGUGUGCGUUGCCUCCGGGGAACAGCAUGCGCUAUGAAUUCAAUGUCAAUCAAACCGGUACUUACUGGUAUCACUCGCACGAAAUGGGCCAGUAUCCCGACGGACUCCGGGGUCCGUUCAUUGUCCGGGAUCCCUCGCCUCCAGUUGCAUACGACGACGAGUUUACCCUCACGCUGACCGACCAUUACCACGAACAAAUGCCCGUUCUGCUGCAGCAGUACGAGGCUGACAGCGUAGGCGCUCAGGCUGGUGUGAAUGAACCCUUGCCAGCGGCAGCAUUGAUCAACGAGGGAUUCAACUCCACCACUCUCCGUGUGGAGCCCAACAAGACGUACCUCAUCCAUUUGAUCUGUGUUGGCAACUGGCCCGGCCACGUUAUUGUGUUUGAUGACCACGAAAUCAGUGUCGUUGAGGUGGACGGCGUCUGGGUGGACACCUAUCCGGUGGGAGACAAGAAGAUUCGCCUGGCCACGGGCCAACGCAUGAGCAUUCUUCUCAAGACAAAGGACAACGCCAACGCCAACUAUGCCAUCUGGGACUCGAUGGACGUCAACAUGAUGUUCUUCUACGAGAAUCGAUCUAUCCCGGAGGGUUUCAACCCCAAUGCGACGGCUUGGCUGGUCUACGACGAAGCAAAGGAGCUUCCUCCCCCGCCUGACAUCCACGAUCUCGACCCGAACAACGACUUUGUCGACGAUCUCGUCUUCGUGCCUGCAAAUCAUGAGCCCCUCCUCGACAAAGUCGACCGCCAGAUCAUCUUCAACACCGGCGUGACUGUACGCGACGGCCGCAGCGUGUUCACCAUCAAUGACCAGACAUACGUUGAUCAGGAGGAGCCCACAAUGUACACGGCGCUGGCAGCAAGCCCAGAGAACUCUUCCGAUUCGUCGAUAUACGGACAGGUCAACCCCUUCGUGAUCCAAUACGGCGAGGUAGUGGAGAUAAUCAUCAACAACCGCCACGGCAACCUGCACCCCUGGCACUUGCACGGCCAUCAGUUCCAGGUGCUGCAGCGCACGAUUCCCGAGGGCGGAUACUUUAACGACUACUUUGCAAACAUUUCUUCGACUCCGGUGAAACGGGAUACCAUCAUGGUCCAGAACCAUGGACAUGCGGUGCUCCGCUUUCGCGCGGAUAACCCAGAUAAGUUUCUGUUACUCCAGUGA